UAUUAUACAGAUGGCAUCUCUGGAAAACGAUCGUCCACAAAGUACUAAUGUAGUGACACGUAAAUCCAAGGGAAAGAAAAAAGUUUCCGAGACCACAGGUUACACUACCUCUCCACUUGCAGGUACACAGAGUCAAAAUAUUGGAGAGGUUGGAACGCUGGAUGCUUCGCGGAGGCUGAUUAUCGCUCCUACUUAGACUAUUGGGUUUUUGCCCUCCACCCAAUCUCUAACUGCGAUUAUGGAUUCCAUUAAAUCAUUUUAUCGUGACACUUGGACUUCCUGGGGAGAGAUACCUGUGUAUGACAGAGAACAAAUGUGGAAUCACUUUAAGACGAAUUGCACAUGGCAUCCCCAACAUGAUUAUGUAACAUUUUAUAAUUAUGGGAGAAUCGCUGCUUUUAUGCUUGAUGAUUGCUAGCGGUGUGCUCGGGAAAUGAGUCAGAAGCCCGAUUGGAUGCUAGAAGGUAUAUGGGCUAGACUUAAUGAAAAGUGGACCACUGAGAAAUUUCAAAAGACGAGCAUCCAACAUGUUGUGAAAAAUAAGAAGGAUGGUCGUAGUACUUUGGUCGAGCCAUAUGUUGAGACAAAUGUUGGGUUAAAUGAAUGGCGUCAAAGCCAACCUACUUCUGAGGAUGAUAGCUCAAACCAAUCGCCAGACGAUGAUGAAGCUUCAAUAUUGUCGAAGAAGAUUGGUGGAGUAAAGAAAAGUAAAGCAAGCGGCCUUGGAUCAGAGCAUUGCGUAGGCUGUAUCACGUAUGGAUAUACUGCUGCUUCUUUAAGUUCUCCGUUGAAACAGAAUGAGGAAGAGAUAGAUUCACUGCGGAUACAAGUACAAGAGCUGUUGAAAAAACAAAAAGCAAACCGUUUAAGACUUGCGGGAUUGGAGAAUCUAGUUCGUCAUCUCUUAGACGAAUGCUGAUAUGACGAGUCUGACGAUGAGUCUUGAUGGGGAGAAUUAGUUUGUUGUGCUUGUGAUGUUGAAACAUUUACUUGUUUGAUUUCGUUGGGAUACUACCUGAAUGGUGUCUGAAUGUCUAGACUUGCUUUUAGAUGU